UUUCGUCUGGAGUCUUGGUUUGUAGAGACACAGAGCAGUAUGAGAACGUACUUUCUAGUUCUAACGCUGGCGCUGGCGCUAGCUAGUGCCGCCACAACCGAGGACAAGGAAGACAAGGUCCCGGAGGAGAUCGUCGAGGAGAUUAAGGCCAGUGACGACAAACCGGCUGACGAUGAUGACGACCUGCGCGGCUACAGCUACUACAACGUAGUGCACGGACAGCAUGGAGGUGACUCUGGCGAACAAGGAUACCGUCCGCCAAACUAUGCCCCGUCUAAGAUCGGUUAUGGAGGUGGUGGUUACGAUGGCGGUUAUGGCGGUGGCUAUGGCGGCUCGUAUCCCACGCGUCCGCCACCCCGCCCAGAGCCGGAUUACGACUUCCCGAAGCCGAAGCCUCCGCCGAAGUGCAACUGCAAGGAUAUCGUUGAUCAGAUCGAUGAUCUUGACGAAAAAAUCAUCAAAUCGCUGCUAGAUCUGGAGAUCAAGGCUGACAGCAUCCAGUCCGAUGUUGCCACUAUCCACAAGGAAACCGAAAAGGUUGCAUUUGUGUCGUCCCAGACGCAGCUGGUCGCUAACGCUGUGGACAACCAGCUGAACAUUGUGCGCCAGAACCUUACCAUCAUCGAGUCUGAUGUCGAGGAAUUGACGCAGUUCCAGCAAAACAUCCCCGACCGAACCUACCUCACUGAGGCACUUUUCGGCCUAAAGUGCAGCUACGGGCGUAAGGACAAGCGUGGAGAUGACAGGAUCUACGCUUCUUGCGAGGAUCCCAACAUUAAGAAGACUGGCAGCUACUGGAUCAAAGCUAACUUCUACAAACCUGUGAAAGUGAUUUGCAUGCUGGACUACGGCGGUCGCUGGAUGGUCAUCCAGAACCGUUUCGAUGGCAGCGUUGACUUCUACCGUCCAUGGAGGGAGUACAAAUACGGAUUCGGAAACAAUGAGGGAGGCGAAUACUGGCUGGGAUUGGACCGCAUCCAUCAGUUCACCAAGGGUGGCGCUGCCCAGCUCUUGAUCGUGCUGGAGGACUUCGAUAAGAAUAUUACUUAUGCCAAGUACGAUCAGUUCGUCAUUUCGGAUGAGAAUGACCAGUACAAGAUCUUGAAGCUGAAGGGCUUCAUCGGCAGUGCCGGUGAUUCGUUUGAGGCUGAGGGCAUGCGCUUCUCGACCUACGACUACGACAACGACAAGUUCGAUCAGAACUGUGCUGCCAUCACACACGGUGCCUGGUGGUACAAAUCGUGCGGUGCUAGCAAUCUCAACGGUCUGUACUUGAACGGACCCACGCUGGAGAAGACCGGUGUCUACUGGAACACGUUCCGCGGAUACAACUACAGUCUGAAGAAGACCCGAAUGAUGAUCCGACAAAGGGAAGGUCCUGGCUACUAA